AUGGGUCAAGCUGGAAGAAACUUGACUGUGACCUGUGACUAUAACAUCGAGUAUAAGAAGCACCGGAAGUGGUGGUGCCGAAAGACAGUCCUGAUGCACUGUCAUAACCGCGUACACACCACUGGAGUAGAGCAGGUGGUGAGGAAGGACCGGGUGACCAUCAGGGAUGACCAGGGUCAGCACAGGUUCACCAUAACCAUGGAGCGGCUCAGGGACAAUGACAGGGGCACGUACUGGUGCGGGGUUGACACAGAUAAAUUUGAUCUAGCAUUCCCCGUCAGAGUGACCAUCGCCCCAGCUCCAACCUCAGCUCUGACCACCAUCUCAAUGUCCACCAUGACCACCAUGACUACCGACACACCCACGACAACGGCCACCACAGAAGAGAUCACAGACACCCUGAGUGUGACCAGGACCCUCUCCAACACCACGUGA